GUGUCGCCAUCAGAGUGCAGCUUUACAUCAGGUGUGCCCAUCAGAGUGCUCCUUUCCAUCAGUUGUCCCCAUCAGAGUAACCUUUACAUCAGGUAUUCCCAUCAGAGUGCCCCCUUACAUCAGGUAUUCCCAUCAGAGUGCCCCCUUACAUCAGGUAUUCCCAUCAGAGUGCCCCCUUACACUCUAACUACCCCUUUCCAUCAUAUUUCCCCAUCAGAGUGCCCCUUUCCAUCAUAUUUCCCCCAUCAGAGUGCCCUUUCCAUCAUAUUUCCCCAUCAGAGUGCUCCUUUCCAUCAGUUGUCCCCAUCAGAGUACCCCUUUACAUCAGGUAAUCACAUCACAGUGCCACCUUACAUCAGGUAUUCCAGUCAGAGUGCCCCCUUACAUCAGGUAUUCCGGUCAGAGUGCCCCCUUACAUCA